AUGUACCCCGGCUCUGCGGUGUCUGAAUCUAUAAGUGCUGACACUCCUAUUGAGUCUCCAUCAACACCCGUGGCGUUUAUCGCACGCUUACGCACUCCGACGGUUGCGGUUGAUCCAAAGCUGACGGCACAGCUGCAGCAGCAGACCAAACAGCUCGAGGAGCAGGACGUGAUGAUCACGACGCUGAACGAGCAACUGACACACUGUGAGAGUGACCUGCAGGCGCACAUGGACCGCGUCGCAAUGCCCGAGUCGUGA